CUGUUUCAGGAAGUAGAGCGAGUCUUUGGGCGAAGAGUUGUCAUGUUUCUGUGUUGAACCUUAUCACUUUUUCCUCAGGGUUAUGCUGAGAAAAGAGAAAAUAAGAAACACUGGAGAGGGUAAAACUGUCUCAUUCUGAUCCUAACGAGUAAAAACCUCCAGUUCCAGUGAAGGGAAGCGAUUCAGGUGGUAACGUUUAAGGACUCUGGUGAGUUCUGGACCUGAAGGUGAGGGGUCAGUAUGAGCCGAGCUCUCCCAAUGCAGCCCCAGAACUGUGGCCCCUGGGAACUGAAGGAAAGACUCGGAACUGGAGGAUUUGGCAACGUUACUCGAUGGCAGAACAAGGACACCAGCGAACAAAUUGCUGUUAAGCAGUGCCGUCAAGAACUGAGUUCCAAGAAUAAGGAGCGAUGGUGUUUGGAGAUCCAGAUCAUGAAGAGGUUGAAUCAUGUGAACGUGGUGGCAGCGAGAGAGGUGCCGGAAGAGUUGCAGAGAUUAGCCACUAAUGACCUGCCACUGCUGGCCAUGGAGUACUGCCAAGGAGGAGACCUCCGCAAGUAUCUCAAUCUACUGGAGAACUGCUGUGGAAUGAGAGAAGGCUCCAUUCUGAUCCUGCUGCGAGACAUAUCCUCUGCGCUCACGUACCUCCACAAGAAGAGGAUAAUUCACAGGGACCUCAAGCCAGAGAACAUUGUGCUCCAACAGGGAGAAAAAAGGUUGAUUCAUAAGAUCAUCGACUUGGGCUAUGCGAAGGAGCUGGACCAGAGCAGUUUAUGCACAUCUUUUGUAGGGACCUUGCAAUAUCUGGCUCCAGAGUUGUUGGAGCAGCAGAAGUACACAGUGACGGUGGAUUACUGGAGUUUUGGUACCCUGGUGUUUGAGUGCAUCACUGGCUUCAGACCCUUUCUGCCCACCUGGCAGCCUGUACCCUGGCAUAACAAACUGAAGCAGAAGCAUGAAGAUGACAUUGUGGUCUAUGAGGAUUUGACCGGAGAGGUGCACUUCUCCAAACACCUACCUCAGCCCCACAACCUCAACAAGCUGUUAGCUGGCAGUCUGGAAUGCUGGCUACAGUUGAUGUUGAGGUGGUCACCUCAGGAAAGAGGUAAAGACACUAAGCAUAGCUCAAAAGACAGCCUGGAUAAUAACGAUUCCGAAGAAAAGAGCAAGAAAUCCCAGGAAGGAGGGAAAGAUAACCAAAGUGGAUCCAGUAGCUGCUUUGAACAGCUAGAGCGAAUCUUAGAGCUGAAGCUGGUCCAUGUACUGAAUAUGACCUCAGCAGAGAUUUGUACUUACUCAGUGCAGCCUGGAGAGACUGUGGCAUCACUGCAGGAGCGAAUCGCCCAAGACACACACAUUCCCCCAGCCAAUCAGGAGCUGCUGUUGGAAGCGGGACUUGCCCUGGAGCCUCAUAAUGAUGUCAUGCAGUGUGCUGUUGAUUAUACUAUGGUUGAUGGUCGUCGGGCAGAUGUGCCGCUGGUUUUCUUGUUUGACCGCUCCUGCUGCAACUACGAACCCCAGUUCAGCCCACGAAUCCUUCCUGAAAACAUCCGAUUCGUCCAGACGGAGCCUAAGCGCAUGUUGCCCUACAGUUCUCAAAGACGAACAUGUGGACAAGCCUGGCACACCAUAAGAGCACUGAAGGAGGACUGGCAGAAGCUGCAGCAGGGCCAGAAGGCAGCCAUUAUGAGUCUGCUGAGGCAUAAUGGUUCGCUGUCCAAACAGAAGAAUGAAAUGGUGUCUGUGCACCAGAGAUUGAAAGCUACGCUCGAAUUCUUUACCACCAGCCUGCACAUCGACAUGGACAAAUACCAGGAGCAGAGAGCAACUGGCAUAGCUUCAGAGAAGUUACUGAGUGUAUGGAGAGAGAUGGAGCAAACUGCCCUUAACCGUGGCCAGACAGAGGAUGUGACUACGCUGGAGGAGGAGAUGAUGAAACUGCAGACUGAUAUAGUGGAUCUACAGAGACAUCCGUGGAGAAGUGGUGAAGCUCUGGAGUCACUAGAGGUGAAGGCAAUGGAGUUGUUUCGCAAGCUCAGAGAGAAACCCAGAGAUCAAAGGUGUUUGGGCGACUGUCAGGAGGUGGUGAAGCUGGUGGUGCAGGCAAUUCAGUUUUAUGAGAAGAAGCUUCGGGAGUUCUACGCACACCUCAGUAAGACGGUGGUGUGCAGGCAGAGGGUGAUGGAGUUGCUUCCCCGAGUGGAGGGCAUGGUGAGCAGUAUGGCUCAGUGUGAGCAGGACCUGCUCCGUAUGCAGGAGAAGAGACAGAAGGAGCUGUGGAACCUGCUCAAAGUGGCCUGUAGUAAAGUUCGGAGUCCAGUUAGUGGAAGUCCAGACGGAGGACGGACCCCACCCUCUUCCGGCCCUCCACCUCUGCAGCAUCGACCUGCUCAUCCUAUUAGUCUGCCUAUUCUCCACCAACCGGAAGAGUCCUUUGUUGUAAUUGAAGAAAGCAAGACAUUUGAGAGCAGGUUGCAGAGUCUGCUGCAGGAAACAAUUAAGGAGACAGAAAACAGCAUGGAGAUGCUGCAGGAAUGGACCUGGCUGAAUGGAAGUCAGGAUCUCUCCUGAUAUUAAAUCCAAUCCCCUUUACCUAAAUGAAUGUAUGGUGAAAGGAGAGUACGUCAGGGCUGUCUGGUCCUGGAGGGCCGGUCCCCAGCACAGGGUAUUUUCCUGCUCAAACACAUACAAAAAUCUCCAAACUGUUGGACACAGGCCCUCCAGAACCAGAAUUGAAUACCCAGUGUAUGUUGUUUGUGGAGCUCUCCUGCCUCCUACUGGACAAACAGACAAACUACAGGCAACAACACAAUUUUUCCUCUCUGCAUCCCACUUGGUCAGUUUACUUUUUUUUGUCUGUAUGUAUGCGAAUACUGUGUCAUCAUCACACUGAAUGAACUGACGUGUUGGUUUUACACAUGGUAAUAUUUUUAGUAUGUAAAACAAGUUAAUUCUGAAUUUAUUCUCAAAAUUUAUUUUUAACACUUUGACACUGUAUCAAGUUUAUAACAAUAGGUGAAAUAACAAUUAUUAAAAUGAGAAGACAUACAUUUCCAAUUGAGCCAUCAUUCCUCUUUAUUGGGUUCCACAAUGUCAGUUUCUCAAUUUAGUCAUCCACCACAGCACAGUGAGAAUAAAACAGGUAUGUGUUUUGAAUGAAGAAAAGACAAGAAAACAAAGGAAAUGCUCCCUUUGUCGCUAACUCCUACCAAAACACAGACAAGAAAAUCAAAGGACUAAAUAUUCAGUGAUAUGUUU